GGCUUGUUACGUGCAUCGCAGUGACUUUCAGCUCACCUCGUCAGUGUGUUAUCAAUUUUUCUAAUCAACGUGUUCAACCUCAUUAAAACGGUUUAUCUGCUUUACCGACCAGUUGGACUGAACAGUUGGACUGAGCUGAGCUUAACUCAUCGCUUGCCGUUUAKUGUCGUCUACGCACAAUAUGUUUGCGCUUGCCUUACUGGUACUCCAUAUCGUCGUGUUCGGGUCUGCAAGAAACGUUGUUCGGACCAAGCAAGGCCAUAUGUGGGGAACACGACAAGAUAUUCAGGACUACAAGGGAUUGAUAAAACCCGUCUACAAGUUCCUGGGCGUUCCAUACGCCGAAAAGCCAAUAGGCAAUCUUCGCUUCAAACGCCCACAAUCUCUCAAGAGUCAGAGGGUACGCAUUUAUAAUGCCACGUAUUUCCGACCAAUUUGUCUUCAGAAUAACGACUAUUAUGGCAAAUCUAUCCUAACUGCGUGGCCUGGAUUUGAUCAUGAGAAGGAUAUGAGCGAAGACUGCCUGUACCUGAACAUCUACACCCCAUCAAUAACAUCCUGCAAGAAAAAGUACUCAGUUAUCUUUUAUAUCCACGGAGGAAGCUAUGUCGCAGGUACUCCUGUUCGUGAUAUAUCCCCAGGCGAAUAUUUGCCCACACGCGAUGUUGUUCUUGUCACUGUUCAGUAUAGGCUUGGACCAUUUGGGUUUUUUACUACCGGGGACUCCGAGGCACCUGGAAAUAUGGGCCUUCUUGACCAGGUAGAGGCCCUCAAGUGGGUUCAACGAAACAUCGAGGGUUUUUGUGGCGACAAGAAUAGCGUGACUCUCCUUGGUGAAAGCGCAGGAGGAUCUAGUGUUUCUUUACACUACUUAUCACCUCUUUCAGAAGGACUGUUUCAUCGAGGUAUUGCAGUGAGUGGUGUGGAUUUUUCUCCCUUUGCUUACAAUCCAAAGUCUGUGGUAUUGAAAGGCAGCAAUAAAUUGGCCGAGACCUUGGAAUGCGGAAGAAAAACUUCUGAGGAAAAGAUGAAAUGUUUACGAUCUCUAUCUAGCUCAAUUAUUUUAAACAAAUCAGCAAGUCUCCAUCAUAUGUCUCCUUUCGUAGACAACCACUUUCUACCUGACGAGCCGGAAAAGUUAAGAAAAAACGGGAAAUUUCAUAAGCUUCCUUUCAUGUCAGGAUUUGUCAGCCAAGAAGGUGCACACAUUUUGCAAUCCAAAAACUUUACUAACUACAACCUCCAUGGCUUUAAAGAAGACCUGAAAGAGUUUCUGAGCAGACAAUACCAUGACCAGUAUAAAAAUAGUUACACCAGCGCUGCUUAUAAUGCUUUAGUGUUCCAGUACACACCCUGGGUGGACGUCACCGACUCUCAUAGGAUUCGUAAAAAGCUGAUUGACUUGAAUACCGACUAUUUCAUAGUUGCACCAACUCAUGCUGCCUUAACCUUACACAGUGAUCACGGGGCUCCUACCUAUAUGUUUGAGUUUGCUCAUCGCUCUAAAUACCAUCCAAAGCCUGAAUGGAUGGGGGUCGUCCACGAAGAUACAACAGCCUACAAGUUUGGUCUACCACUUCUCAGUUCUCCCAGAAGUAUGCUGAGCUUUGACGACGAUGAGGACAGAAAUGUAAGUGACCUGAUGACCACGAUUUACCUUAAUUUUGCCAAAUUUGGUCAACCUACUCCCACCUCUGUUUAUGGCACCCAAUGGGAGAUGUUUAAUUCAUCCAGCAAAGCGUACCUGAAAAUCAAGAAGAAUCCUUUCAUGACCAGCAAAUAUCAUCCAAUCAGAAUUGCCUUCUGGAAUUCAUAUUUCCCCACACUGCUUUCCAAGCAACCGUUACCACCAUCCAUUGAAGGAUCCAAAACAAGUGGCGUAGUUGCUUUCCGUGGUUCGCGUUUUGUGUUUAUAAUUUUUAUUGGAACACUUGGUAGGAUACUCGGAUGGAAAGGAUAAGACCCACCAUGCCCUACGUACAUCAUUAAUAAGAAAGACCACAAUAUAUGAAUCAAGAUUUUGGCUCUAAUGCAUGUAAAUAUGUAAAGCAUCGGAUUGUACAUAACGCGGGAGUUUUUGCUCUAGUGCAAACGUGAUUUGUUUACAAGAUCGUAAAAUAGGCCUUGGGUUGUACAGUGGGUUGAAAACAGACAAAGGAAAAAAAAACAAAGAAUAACAGUUUGUUAUGUUACGAACGACAAUCCAAAACGCACUCAUGGAUGACAGCGACAGCGACAGUGACAGCGACAGUGACAGCGACAGUGACAGCGACAGUGACA